AUGAUGAUUGAGGUGGACCGCGCUAGUUUAUUUGGCCUCCGCCGCGAUAUGGACGCGCUCUUCAACACCUCCAAGCCCAAUAAGCACCUCUGGGAACUGAUAUGCGCCAAGAUGAGGGAGAAGGGUUUCGAUUGCCCUCCCACCAUGUACAACAAUAAGUGGUGCAACCUCCUCAAGGAGUUCAAGAAGGUCAAGCACCAGGACGGUGGAGGGAGUGGCUCCGCCAAGGUGUCGUAUUACAAGGAGAUUGAGGAGAUCCUCAAAGAGAGGAGCAAGAAUGAUUAG